UGAGAACAUCCCUAUCAUGGAAAGUCGAGGCGCGUUGUGGCAUUUCCAGUUCUUCUUUUUCUAACGGAAUACAAUACAAAUAUUUUAAAGGAUAUUAUAAUAACAAUACAACCUCAAACGAUGUUUAUAGGCGGACGCACUCUCUUGUAGCCAACGCUUUUAGACAUUGAACACUCCAAUCUUCAUCAACGAGCUGCAUCAUCUUCAUCAGCCCUGGAAGACGUCGAGUCGUUUAUUUGGACCCAGUCAUGGAUUUAUGGUUCUGCUCAGUGGUUCCAGUGUUCACCUGGAGGCUUUUCUUUCUUUCAAGCAUCUUCCAGGGCUAUUGGAGCUCCAUGCUCGAUUGUCCGCAAACAUGCAGCUGUUUGCCCACCGAGAUCUAUUGCAAUAAGUCCGACAGUGGGAAUUUUUUCCCGUUGCUUGCUCUACAAGACCCGACGGGCAAUGGCAGUAACAAUAAUGACAUUGAAGAGCUCUUCAGGAACAUCACGUCCAUACACAUCGAGAAUUGGACAGGACUGCAGAUUCUUAAGGAUGUUGACAUGGAACUGUACACAGGACUCCAGAGACUGACGAUAAUGAACUGCAAUUUACGGAUAAUCCAGGCACGUGCAUUUGCACAGAACCCUCAUCUCCGCUACAUAAAUCUGUCAAAGAAUCCUCUCUUGACUCUCUCCUGGCAGCUCUUCCAGCACCUUCAACUUGUCGAACUGAGGCUGGAGGGGGUUGUCUUUGACUGUGGCUGUGAGAUUCGAUGGAUUCAGCUCUGGCAGCAGCGAGGCGAGGCUGGUCUGCACACCCAGCAGCUCUACUGCAAGAAUGGAGCGUACAAAAUUCGCCUGAAAUCAAUGAGCAUUGCAUACUGUGAUUUGCCAGAUAUCAGCGUUGCUCACAGUAACCUCACUGUGAUGGAGGGCGGUAACGUGACGCUCAGCUGUAACGGUUCUGGUUCUCCGUUACCUGAGGUGGACUGGACUGUGAAUGGCCUUAACUCCAUCAACACGCACCAGUCGAAUGUCUACUGGCCUAACAUUCACUCCAUCAACCUGACUCUUGUCAACGUGAGCCGGGAUGACAACGGAUUUGUUCUGACCUGCAUCUCUGAGAAUGUGGUGGGGAUGACCAAUGUGUCUCUUCAGCUGGCUGUACUAUUUCCGCCGGUAAUCCUAAAGCUGGAUGAGCCGGAACGCCGCCACCACACCUGCAUCGAAUUCACUGUGAGGGGCUUCCCCCAUCCCACACUCCGAUGGUUCCACAAGGACCGUGAGAUCCUGCAGAGCGAGUAUAUACAUAUGGAGAUGGAUUAUUACCAAGAUUACUUGGAAGGCUGCUUGACUUUUGAGAACCCAACGCAUUAUGACAAUGGAAAUUACACCCUUGUAGCUACUAACCCUCUGGGGUCAGUCAAAAAAAACGUCCAUGGAUAUUUCCUCGAGCCACCUUUUAUUGAAGAUGAUGGCAUGAUUGAGUACACUACAGCACCUGGAGAUGAGGUGAAGAGGCCUGAAGAAGAUUCAUUUGGAAUGUCAAUUGCUGUGGGUCUGGCUGGUUUUGGUUGCGUCUUCCUCAUCAUGAUUUUCAUCCUUAUCAACAAAUACAGCAGGCGGAACAAAUUUGGGAUUAAAGGCCCUGUGGCAGUCAUCAGCGGGGAGGAAGACUCUGCAAGUCCUCUUCAUCAUGUCAACCAUGGCAUUGUCACCCCCUGCUCUCUCGAUGCAGGACCUGAUGCUGUUGUCAUUGGCAUGAGUCGCAUUCCUGUCAUUGAGAACCCACAGUACUUUCGACAUGGACACAACUGUAACAAGCCCACCACCUAUGUGCAGCAUAUUAAACAGAGGGACAUUGUUCUGAAGAGGGAGCUGGGAGAGGGUGCUUUUGGGAAGGUGUUUCUUGCCGAAUGUUACAACCUCAGCCCCAAUCAGGAUAAGAUGCUGGUAGCUGUCAAGACUCUCAAAGAUCCAACCCUGGCUGCCAGAAAUGAUUUUCAACGGGAGGCUGAGCUCCUCACCAACCUUCAACACGAGCACAUUGUGAAGUUUUACGGUGUGUGUGUGGAUGGCGACCCUCUCAUAAUGGUGUUUGAAUACAUGAAGCACGGAGAUCUCAAUAAGUUUCUAAGAGCCCAUGGUCCAGACGCCAUGAUCCUCAUUGAUGGCCAACCGAUGCAGUCUAAUGGGGAGCUCGGUCUCUCUCAGAUGCUUCAUAUUGCAUCACAGAUAGCGGCAGGGAUGGUCUACCUGUCCUCUCAGCAUUUUGUACAUCGUGAUCUGGCCACCCGCAACUGCCUUGUUGGUAAUGGCCUGUUAGUGAAGAUCGGUGACUUUGGGAUGUCCAGAGACAUCUACAGCUCAGAUUACUAUCGGGUGGGAGGCCACACCAUGCUGCCCAUACGCUGGAUGCCUCCAGAGAGCAUCAUGUACAGGAAAUUCUCCACAGAUAGUGAUGUAUGGAGCUUUGGAGUCAUUAUGUGGGAGAUCUUCACCUAUGGGAAACAGCCAUGGUUUCAGUUAUCCAAUAACGAGGUCAUUGAAUGCAUAACCCAAGGUCGGGUUCUAGACAGGCCUCGUCUGUGUCCUAAGGAAGUGUACGACCUCAUGUUAGGCUGCUGGCAAAGAGAACCACAACAGCGACUGAACAUCAAAGACAUUCAGAAAGUCCUUUAUGCUCUGGGAAAAGCCACACCUGUCUACUUGGACAUCCUCGGCUAAGACUGGUGCAGAAUCCAACACAAUCCAGGAAUAACCAAACAAUCCCUUUUCCCACUGCGCUCCACUGUAAAAACACCAACACGUCGGAGAAGAACUUUAAGUGCCUGCAACACCUUUUUUUUUCGAUACACUGGAUAUAAAUAAAAAAUUUAAAAAUAUUUAAAAACAAACUUUUACAUUUUGUUUACUGGUACAGUAUAUAGUGUACAGAAUUAUUCUACAAAUGUUUGUUUUUUUUCCAUAAAAAAGUGAUAGCGAAAAGUAAAUUGCUUUGAGAACAUGUUGCCUUCGAUCUGGCAGCACUGUGUUUAAGAAAUUAUGAUUUUCAGUGUUUAAUUUUAUAAACAUAUAAACACAAAUAUGAAUAUUUUUUUAUUUAAUUUGUUUCAUUUUGAAGGUCAAGUAUGGGUGCCUGUCAUGUUUAGUGCUGUCGAUACAUUAUCUUUUCAAAACGGCUGCCCUUUGGUUGUGCUUAGCUAUCGCAGCUGGGAUUUUGUGAGGAAAGCCUUACUACUUAUGUAUUAUUUUGUUGAUGAUGCAGAUAGCAUCUUUCUCUUUUUUUUCCUGUAACUUUUAUUUGAGAUAUAUAGCUCUCGAGCGGGCAACUUGGAACCUUUAGAAUACUAAAACGCUGAUAUAUUUUCAUUGUAUGCGAUUGUAUAUACUGUAAAUUUAUAUACUUGUCUACCUGUUAACUUAUUUUUUAUGUGUUUUGAUUUCUUUUCAACACAAGGUUUGUUUUGUGAUGUACACUUUAUAAAGGGUCAGCCAGGAGAGAAUAUAAAUAUCACACAGUAUCUUAAAAUGAGCACUUGGCAGCUCAUUAUAAUACAGGGUGUAAUAUUGUCUGAGGAAGUAAACAUGUUUUCCACCCAUCAUGGCCGAGUCCAAUCUCUAAAAUGCCAUGCUGCCACACAUCUGAUCACCAUAACUGAAUGUGGAAAAACAGGAAUAAAAAAGCAGGCUCUAUGAUUGUCAGAUCCUGUUUAAAUUCAUUUUUGCAAUCUUCAUAUCAUUUGAUAAAUGUCAAUGCCAUCACAUAUAAAGUUAACGAUUUCAUGAUGAUGUUGUUUGUAGCUAAACAAUUCUAUGUUGAUCGAGGGGCUGUUUUUUUUUUUUUUUUUAGAUGUUUGUCAGUUCAACACCAAAUCUCUUUGACGUCAGGAUUUCGAUGUCAACGGAUUCUCUUGCCUCUUGGCAGUACCACAGAU